UGCGCGGAUGAGGCGGUUUUUGGAAGCGGAUCUCUCCACCUUGCCUUACGACAAAUCGGCACCCACCAUGUGGGCGGGGGCGGAGGGCGUUUGCGUGUUUUCGCACUGAUGAAUGGUCGGAUAACGGAACACGGUGUUUCGGCCGGAGAACAUGCGACCGCUUGCCGAUCAACCUGAGAUCUUUGCUGCACAGUAGCCGCCCACACGCGCACAGAUAGUUGUUCAGAACGCAACCGACAGGAACACGAUACCCUCACUGAGGAAUUUCGAAUAGCUACGCGCUAUCAGCGGCCUCAGGUCAGAGCUGCGUCGCCAACCUAGGCGUGCCAAGUAAGCGCGAAGGCCCCGUUUCGACUAGCGAAUACUGGAUAUGCCCCACUCGCUGCCAUUUUGCACCUGGGGAUGCCAACCCGGCCCCCGUGGAGGCCUAUGGAGAAGUGUUGGCCCCAAGGCUCGCCGCAAGCCCACUUCAUGCUGUGCUUGACGCCCAUGGCACUACGAGCAGUUAUUGUCAUUGCGGGGCGCGGCUUGUCCAUCUCAUUCCACGGCAUCAUUGGAUCAGCUCGGCUGGGCGCCCCCGAGGCGGGGAGUCGCAGCUGUCCACCCCGCAUGUGGCACCCACACACGGCGAAUCAUAUGCAGAUCAGUUACACGCCCUCGCAUACCGCUGCAAAGAUGCACAUGCUCCGGGCGGAGCCCAUAGCGCAGUUGUCUGUUAUGUGCACUCGAUUGAUCCAGGGCCAUGUCGACAUGAGGGGAAGUCAACAGCAGGCAUGGGUCAACUUCCGCCGACGGUGCUUCUCGACCCGCCAACCUGCGGGCUCUUCUUGUUGCGUGCCCGCUUCGAGGAGACGCACAUUGUCGCUCCUCGCCGAAUUCAGCGUUGCGAGGGUUGAGGUUGACCAGACGCACCAGAGCGGAGGGCCCGUGGCACUGAGAGCCGCGAGAUUGGCCAACACUUUGGGUAGCUGUGAGCCUCCUUCUCGUCCCCAUAGGGCGCUGAAGCUCCUAACCCGACUGCUGUUGCACAGUCAGCUCACUGGCAGUGAUAGGGGCCGCAGGCAAGCCUCUGCAGUCCACAAAGGCGUCUACGUUCCCUGCCGUUCUAUCGCGUCGAGGAUCUGGGAGUAGGGCACCGUCCGCGGAAUGACGAGUCAGAUGUUGUGAGGAUG